AUGUCUGCAGCCACAGACUUUGAUGCCUUCCUGGACAAGCACGAUCUCGCCAGGAACAAGACCCUCCUGGUCGACAACGAGAUCAACAGCACCGACCUGGUCCUCUCUCUGACCGAGCCAGAGAUGAAGCAGAUCGGGCUCAAGCUCGGCGCCAUCAAGAAGAUUCAACGAGCUCAGCGCCAGAACACCGAGCCGCCUGUUGCCGUCCACAAGAGCGAGCCGCCUGUUGCCGUCCACAAGAGCGAGCCGCUUGUUGCCGUCCACAAGAGCGAGCCACCGCCAUCCAAGACACCCGAUGGCAGCGAGAAUGCUGUUCUCCCUGUGGUCCGAUACAGACCGCCUCCGCUGGCGAGGGGAUGGAAGUGCCAGCUGGGCAACAGGGACCACGAGGUGUUCAUCAGCUAUCGAGUCUUCAGCGACGAGAUGCCCGCAAUCAAGCUCUACGCCGCCCUCAAGUCGUCCAGCCAAUACGACAAGAACCUGUGUCCGUACCUCGACCAGCUGUGUCUCGUCGAUGCCAUGAACUGGGAGACGGGCUUCAUCAACGGCCUGGUCAACUCGCAGACAACCAGUUCCUGGAGGUGA